AUUCCCGUUGAUCUCUCCCGGCAUGCAGCUUUUGUCUCUCCUCUCACCUCAUCCGAUAAAUCAGGCAGUGUGUUAAAUACCCGUUCUUCAAUCUCACCUAGCGAUUCAUUGUUUCCAAGCUUUUAUUGACCUCAAUUUGGGGCUACCUAGCGGGCUUCAUCAUAUUUCGAUUAGGUUACGGCGAUAGGCAUUAAUCAAUUCUUGCAGAAUGGAGCGUCGUUUGAUAUUUUUUCUAGCUCUUCUUUUUGCGGUUAAUUGUGAAGAUUUUCGAGCAUGCUUCAAGCGAGUUUCCCGACGCUCCAUAGGAAACUAUGCGCCGAUAGCCGAAUAUCGUCGCACUGCUUUAACAAUGUGUACGCAACACUGCAUCAUGGCAGCAGGAAACGGUCCAGAAGGGGGUUCCAUUUGCAAAGCGUUCACCUACGAACUCGACAAACAGCUAUGCAGACUUUACGACAAUGAUGGACACAAGAUUCCUGCUGUGAUUCAUCCUAUCAUGGGAACUGACAUUUUCUAUAGAACAUCUGACAUGGGAGAAUGUGCAGGCCCAAUGAGUGGUCAGCAUAUGAAUCCAAAUUUUGUUAAACUGAAUAAUGGGAAAAACAGUCUGAAGAGCAGUGUCGAUAAGAACAGAAACUUCAAAAUCUCGGAUUUGCCUAGUCCAACAAACGAUCAGUUCUUGCAAAAAGCCAAGGCAAUGUCUUCUCCAAUGGUGAGAAUGGAGGAUAUGGAUGAAGUCUUGAGAUCAAAGUUGAGAGGAGAAGAAUCUCUUGUCCCGAUGUCGCAAAAAGAUACCGAAGAGGGAAAGGAGUUGGAUAAGACCGAAAACGGCCCAUUGAAAUGCAAGACAUCGAGUGGAUAUUACGUGGUUGUCGGAAACGAGAUCGUUUUGCCGAUAAGCGGCGGAGACGUGCAAGUGUAUAAUGAAGUGGAGCAGGGAGAUUGUGCCAAAUACUGCAGUGAGAACAAAGGUCCCGACGGGUCGACUAUCAACUGCCGCUCUUUAAAUUAUUUCCCUGUGGAGAAAAAGUGUGAACUAUAUGGAAUUCUCGCAGAGCCACACGGUUCCGGAAAACUUUUGGAAAAUGAGAAAGUGAUUUAUGCAGAGAAAUUUUGCUUGCCAGAAUCCCCAUUCGUCUGCCAGAACGACGAAAUUUUCAUUCUCCACGUUCAAAAAACUCUCUCAAAACGUCGCCGUAUAACCACAAAGGCCGCCAGCUCAAUAACCGACUGCCUUCGAAAAUGUCUCGAGCAAGAUGAUUGCAGAAGCUCUGUUUACAUUUCAAAUUCCAAGAAGUGUGAACUGCACAAUGUUGACGUGUCAACUGGUGAUUACGCACGCGACUCUGAUCGAGAAACGGUGCUCAUCGAAAAUGGAUGUAGAAGGAAAGGUGUUACUCCGAAAAGGAAGGAUAGCCCAUCACUUUCGAGCAUACUCGAUACUUCCUCAUCUGAAUCUGAAUCCUCGUCGCCUUCAAAUGGAGGCUGGUCUGAAUGCGACUAUAAAAUUAAUGGGGAAACAGUUCGAGUCCGUACCAAUGACGAUGGCGAUAUGGAGACAGAAGUUUGCUAAUCAUGACAAAUCACAUUAGAUAUCAAGUUGUGUGAAUAUAAUAAUGUUGUAAUAAGAUUUUGUAAAACUACAUUACAUUAACAA